UGGACACACUGUCUCGCUGUCAGGCUGAAACCCUGCAAAGCUCUAAAGGACGUCAGAGCGUAGAUCUCGCAGCGAGACCGGCCGGUCCCUAACCAGCGACUUCCAUCACCCUAAAUCAAGCUGCAGGAAUGCAGGAGCCCGAGAUCUGCUACAUCCUGGAUGCCAUCCUGUUUCUGUAUGGAAUUGUCCUCACAGCUCUCUACUGCCACCUGAAGGUGAAGGUAGCCAGGGCUCAGAAGAAGAAUCCUGGGGCGACGCUCUAUGAGCCUCUCAGCUGCCCGGAGAAACAGAUAUAUAGUGAGAUCGGGAAGAGCGAGGCAGGAAUUGAGAUGAAGGGAUCAGAAGGUGUUUACACCGGCCUUGGCCAGACCGAUAAAGCCACAUACGAGACGCUGAACAGGGGGGGCAAAUAAUGAUUCCUGACAACUGCAACCCGCAUCCACUCUGUGACUUUAAAUGUGUUGCGUAUCGCGCAUGUACGUCCUUCCGUAUAUAGGGCUCCUGUAUCCCACUUCUCUGUACAACAUUUGUAAGUUGCAUUGUUUUGCCAGAUGAGUAGUAGCUAGUUAUAUCACUGAGGUAUGAGGCACAGUAUUCUAAAAGCUUGGCUAUAAACGGCCCAUACAACCCAGCAAGAUUUGCACGAGUGCCGGGCUGCCGCCUUCUAAGGGCGUGAUGUGGGACAGCAUCACCGCCUGCACUAAACAGACAGCUGAUAAUCCUGCUGUAGGAGGCAAAAGGUUAAAAAAUUCAAUCACUCUGACACCUUGUUUUGUGAAACCUGAUUGGACAUCUGCCCAGCAGCUCAAUCUGACACAACAAAGCGCUGGGAUGUUGGUGCACUUGAAUUUCAGACUUUUCCUGAUGGUUCCGGUGGGAGGAUUGUCCACUGAGCCAUGGGGGGUCUCAAAUAUCUUACAUGACUGCAGCGAAAGGUGUCCAGCUCUGAAUCAGCCCUAUGGUGGCCAUUUCAGAUGCUGGAAGGUGUGAUGUAAGCUUAUAAUUAUAUAUGAAUGAAAUAAUUCUGAAUUAUGUAUAGUUACAGGUAUUAUUACCUAAUCAUUGUGCGGUGAGGUAGGUGUUUUAAGUAGGUCUGGCAGAAACGUUGUUAUUCCUGAGGAUGUAAAAACUGAUGUAUAACUGUAUCUGCAUUCCGCUAUUAAACUGUUCCCUGAAUAAAGCCUCUGUGGGCGGUGUUCCUGUGUC